AUGCGGCCUUUUGUAUUAAUACCAGUUCUUGCUGGACUCACUACCGCACUGACGUCUGCACAGUGGCGGUCGCAAUCUAUAUACCAAGUUAUCACAGACCGAUUCGCUCUCACAAAUGGCUCAUCCACGCAAGCCUGCGAUUGGGGCAACUACUGUGGAGGAACAUGGCAAGGGAUCACGAAUAAGCUGGACUAUAUCCAAGGCAUGGGCUUUACAGCCGUAUGGAUAAGUCCAAUCGUGAAGAACAUUGCCAACACACCUUAUGGAAAUCCUUACCAUGGCUACUGGGCACAAGACAUAUAUUCGCUCAACUCCGCAUUCGGUACAGCGGCAGAACUAAAAGCGCUUUCAGCUGCUCUGCAUGCUAGAGGCAUGUACCUCAUGGUUGAUGUGGUGACCAAUCACAUGGCAUACAAUGGAGCUCCAGCAAAUGUGAAGUACAACACGUUCAGCCCAUUCAAUGACCAGAAAUACUACCAUCCAUAUUGCCCGCUCGAAUAUGGCAACACCACCAGCACGCAGGUUUGCUGGAUGGGAGACACCACGGUCUCUCUCCCAGAUUUGAGAACUGAAGAUACCGCUGUCCAGAACGGGUUUAACCAAUGGAUCACACAGCUGGUAGCCAACUACAGCAUAGACGGUCUACGUCUCGACAGCGCCAUGCAAGUCAAUCAGGCUUUCUGGCCUGGCUUCGUCAAGGCAAGUGGAGUUUAUGCUGUCGGUGAAGUGCUAGACGGGAACCCGACUUCCUUUUGCACGUGGCAGAGCUACAUGCCAGGUGCUCUCAACUAUCCUAACUAUUUCUGGCUUAACCGGGCGUUCGCAUCUACUUCAGCAACCAUGACCGAACUUGCGAAUAACAUUCAGUGGCUCAACUCGACUUGCACCGAUGUCACGUUGCUCGGCAACUUUCUGGAAAACCACGAUAAUCCUAGGUUUCCAACAAUCACAAAGGACACUGGCUUGACGCAGAAUGCAAUCGCGUUCUCAAUCUUGAACGAUGGAAUUCCUAUCGUCUACUACGGACAAGAGCAAGGUUUCAACGGAGCGGUCGACCCAUACAACCGCGAGCCGCUUUGGACUUCCGGCUACAACACCAAGUCUUCGCUGUACACCUUCAUUGCCAAAGUGAAUGGAGCCAGAAACCUUGCUAUCCGCAAGAAUCCUACGUAUGCUGCAACGAAGUCGAAAGUGGUAUACUCCGACACAAAGAUCAUGGCCACUCUAAAGCAAGGACUUCUUUCUGUAUUCACGGACUCUGGCAGCUCUGGUAGCGGAUCUGCAAUCCUGACGCCAGCCAAAACCGGGUUUGCAGGCUACACGAAAUACACAGAUCUGCUUAGCUGCAAUGUGAUCCAAACCGAUUCGAGCGGAAAUCUUGCUGUAACCAUCAACUACGGUGCACCUAGGGUUUUCUACAAAACUUCCGAGCUGUCGGGUACAGAUCUUUGUGCGUCUACCAACAACAUUGAUCAGUCCCAAUCUAGGGCUGCGACUACAUCAACCAGCUCUACGAUUUUACCCGGCCGGGUCGUGGAUACACCUGCGGCAUCCUGCGCAGUCUCUGGCAAUGUAUCCGUGCCAUUUUACCAAAACACAACCACAUCCUGGGGCGAGAUCCUCAAGAUCAUCGGCUCUAUCGACGAGCUUGGGAAGUGGAAUACCUCCAACGCCAUCAGGAUGUCUUCAGCAAUGUAUACGACCUCGAAUCCCAUUUGGAACGCGACUGUCCUUAUCCCGUCUGACACAUCCUUCGAGUACAAAUUCAUCAAAGUUGGUUCAAGCGGAGGCGUAACUUGGGAAUCUGGUUCCAAUCGCAAGUACACAGUGCCACCAUCCUGCAUCUCAAUGUCGGCCGUGAACAGCACAUGGCAGUCAACGUAA